AGGGCGUCAGCGCCGGCGGCUCCGCGCGGCCGGCCCCGAGCGCGUCCCUUAUCGCAGACAGGGACCGGGGAUCGCAUCAUUAUCAUGGGCACUGUUUGCUUUUCGCGGCGCUGCUGUUUGCUUUUCGCUCUCGCCUGGGCCGGCAGGUUGGCGGGAGGCAGCGGGGGCGCAGAUGUUGACGAGUGCGCAGAAGCUACGGAUGACUGUCACAUCGAUGCAAUUUGUCAAAACACACCAAAAUCCUACAAAUGCAUCUGCAAGCCGGGCUACAAAGGGGAAGGGAAGCAGUGUGAAGAUAUCGAUGAGUGUGAAAAUGACUUCUACAAUGGGGGUUGUGUCCACGAGUGUAUCAACAUUCCAGGCAACUACAGGUGUACAUGCUAUGAUGGGUUCAUGUUAGCCCAUGAUGGCCACAACUGUCUUGAUGUUGAUGAGUGUCUGGAUAACAAUGGAGGGUGCCAGCAGAUUUGUGUAAAUACUAUGGGCAGCUACGAAUGCCAGUGCAAAGAGGGCUUUUUUCUGAGUGAUAACCAGCAUACCUGCAUUCAUCGCUCCAUUGAGGGUAUGAACUGUAUGAACAAAGAUCAUGGGUGUGCACACAUCUGCCGGGAGACACCCAAAGGUGGGGUUGCCUGUGAAUGUAGACCUGGCUUUGAACUUGCCAAAAACCAGAAGGACUGCAAAUUAACCUGUAACUAUGGGAAUGGAGGCUGCCAACACACCUGUGAUGACACAGAUACCGGUCCUGUGUGCGGUUGUCAUCAGAAGUAUGCCCUGCACUCAGAUGGCCGAACCUGCAUUGAGAAGGAUGAGGCUGCAAUUGAGAGUUCUGAGUACAAUGCCACGUCAGUAGCUGAUGUGGACAAGCGGGUGAAACGGCGGCUACUUAUGGAAACAUGUGCUGUCAAUAACGGAGGCUGUGAUCGGACUUGCAAGGAUACCGCGACAGGGGUACGGUGCAGUUGCCCGGUUGGAUUUACCCUGCAGCCUGAUGGGAAAACGUGCAAAGAUAUUGAUGAGUGUUUGGUAAACAAUGGUGGCUGUGACCAUUUCUGCCGAAACACAGUUGGCAGCUUUGAGUGCAGCUGCCAGAAAGGCUAUAAACUGCUCACAGAUGAAAGGACCUGCCAAGAUAUAGAUGAGUGUUCCUUUGAAAGGACCUGUGACCACACCUGUAUCAACUACCCUGGAAGCUUUGAGUGUCUCUGCCACAAAGGCUACACCUUGUACGGACUGACGCACUGUGGAGAUAUUGAUGAAUGCAGCAUCAGCAAUGGUAGCUGUGACUUUGGGUGCCUUAAUACCAUGGGAAGCUAUGAGUGUGUCUGCCCACCUGGAAAGAAGCUGCACUGGAAUAAAAAGGACUGUGUUGAGAUGGUGAAAUGUCUCCCAAAUGCCAAACCAGCUCCCAAGGCUCAGCUAGUGUGCAGUAAGACAGGAGGCAUAGAGAGCUGCUUCCUGUCGUGCCCAUCCAAUACUCUUUUUGUUCCAGACUCGGAGAACAGCUACACGCUGAGCUGCGGCGUCCCCGCGCAGCACGGCAAGGCGCAGCCCAGGCGCAACGCCACCCUGCCCAGCUGCUCAGAUUCCCUGGCCCCUCCAAUCAAGCAGAAAGCUCGUUUUAAAAUCAAAGAUGCAAAAUGCCAUUUACGGCCUCGCAGCAAAGAAAAAACAAAAGAUUCUGGGAAGCAGGUUGUUUCAGGAGGUCAGUUCUCCUGUACAGACAACUGUCAGGUGACCUUUGUGAAUCUCAAGUGCGAUUCCUCCAAGAAAAAACGCAGAGGCCGCAAGUCACCAUCAAAAGAAGUGUCCCAUAUCACAGCAGAGUUUGAAGUGGAGAUGAAGUCUGAAGAAGUCUCAGACACCUGUAACAUUGACUGUGUUCGGAAAAGGAUGGAGCAGAAGCUGCAAACUGCAAUCAAAACAUUGAGGAAAUCUAUUAAUAAACAGCAAUUUUACAUUCAGUUUUCUGGGACAGAAUAUGAAGUGGCUCAGAAGCCAGCUAAAGCUACUGAAGGGCAUGAAGCGUGCAGUACAGGGCAAGUACUGCAGGAUGGAAAAUGUGUUACCUGCAGCACGGGCACCUUUUAUAGCGGAGAACACAAUCAGUGCGUUCCGUGCUCGCCAGGAACGUACCAGGACACAGAAGGUCAGCUCACCUGUGAGCCUUGCCCCAGUAACGAUGGCCAGGGAGUGGCGGGCGCCCGGAACGUGUCGGAAUGUGGAGGGCAGUGUUCUCCUGGGCACUACUCUUCAGAUGGUUUUAAACCUUGUACAGUCUGUCCUCUUGGUACAUAUCAGCCUGAACCAGGAAGGACCCUCUGCUUUCCCUGUGGCGGUGGGCUUGUGACCAAAUACGAAGGUGCUGUUUCCUUUCAAGACUGUGAAACCAAAGUUCACUGUUCUCCUGGACACUACUACAACUCCACAACACACAGAUGCAUCCGGUGCCCUGUGGGAACAUACCAGCCUGAGUUUGGUCAAAACUACUGCAUCACCUGCCCUGGCAACACCAGCACAGAUUUCGAUGGCUCCACCAAUGUCACGCAUUGCAAAAACCAGCACUGUGGAGGAGAACUGGGGGACUACACUGGCUACAUUGAAUCGCCCAACUAUCCUGGAGACUACCCAGCUAAUGUGGAAUGCAUUUGGAAUAUAAACCCACCCCCAAAGAGAAGAAUACUCAUCGUAGUACCUGAGAUAUUUCUCCCGAUUGAAGAUGAAUGUGGUGAUGUUUUAGUAAUGAGAAAAAGUGCUUCUCCUACUUCAAUUACUACAUAUGAAACAUGUCAGACAUAUGAGAGACCUAUUGCAUUUACCUCAAGAUCGAGGAAACUCUGGAUUCAGUUCAAGUCAAAUGAAGGAAACAGUGGCAAAGGAUUUCAGGUCCCCUAUGUGACCUACGAUGAGGAUUACCAACAACUCAUAGAAGACAUUGUUCGAGACGGCCGAUUAUAUGCGUCAGAAAACCAUCAAGAAAUUCUCAAGGACAAGAAACUGAUUAAAGCUCUCUUUGAUGUACUGGCACACCCACAAAACUACUUCAAGUACACAGCACAAGAGUCAAAAGAAAUGUUUCCAAGAUCAUUUAUAAAGCUACUGCGAUCAAAAGUUUCCAGGUUUCUACGACCAUACAAAUAGUCUAGCAGUAUUCAAUUUUUGGUUACUUUGCAUUCCUGUCAAAUAUCAUCUUUCCUCCAUAGUAGAAACAUUUGCUAAUUUGAAGGCUCUUUCUUGCAGUCUUUGUUCUCAAUUGUUACUGAAGAACACCUAUAAUGUUUUAUAAUUGUUAAAAGUCAAUGUUCUGAAUGGGAUUCUUACUACAAAAAAAACAUUGUGUAUCCCUGAGUGCAUCUAGUUGUAGAUCCAGAUUUGGGCCUGCACUGGCGUAUCCUCACUUUCCAUCUGAAAUUUCACUAUGUAAAAAUAUUCUUUCUAGCUUUUUAUUUUUCAUCAACAAUAACUUUUGUCAAAGAAAGGAGGAAUCUAUUCAAAUAUGAUUAAACUACCUGCAGAUAAGUUCUGUUAUAGAAAGAAGUAUGUAGUAUAAAUAAUACUUGGAUUUUGAAUUGCACUUGAAGUUUAUAUUUGAAUCUUUAGAAGGAAACAAAACAAUCUAAAUUUUGUUAUUUCUCAUUUGUGGCUUGGUGGAACCUCUGUCCAAGUAGAAAUCAAAAAGGAAAAAAAAGAAGAAAAAAACUGUAUAAUUUUGUUUUAUGAAUUACAUGAGAUUGAGUCCCAUGCCCCAAUGUCCUAAUGUUUUUAUCUGUCCUCUUCUAAACUUCUUCAGAGGUUUGUCACCGUCAAUUACUUAAUUGAAACUGAUUUAGCUCUGGAUUUCCACUCAUCAGUUGGUCUCUUUAAAGACAUUUACAGUAGGAUAUGUGAGAAAUGAACAACACCACUAGUAGUCUUGUUUUUCUUUCCAUUAAGAGAGCAUCUAAUUAAGUACAAUAUAUAAAUAUAUAAAUAUAUACUUCUAUUUGUGGGUACAUUAGUAAUGUUAUCUCUAGUUACUGUAAAUAUUAUUCAUGCUUAAAUCUUUACUCCCACACACCCUAUUUACUCAUAUCUAUAUGUAACUUUGUGUAGACAAUUAAAUAACUUCUCCAAGUGCUUGUCACCUCUAUUAACACUCAACUGAAGCCUUUUGAGGUUUUAUAAUACCGGAUAAUGGUUUACUCUGGGACAAUCUCUUUCAAUAUGUAUUAUUCCAGGAAAAAUAGCAUCAGUGAAGAUGCAGUUGCUGCCCAAUAAAGGGUCAGCUAUUGCCUCUUCCUUGGGAACCCCCCCCAUGCAGACCAACAGAGUUACCCCAGACUGCCAGGGGCUCAGGGGUGAACAGGACACAGUUUUGCAGAAGAGUUGGAGGGCAGGUUCUGUUUUUCCAGAGAACUAGCUCUCCCUUUUAUUCCAGGUUUGUAGCCACAGGGCCCAUCAAGCACAGGGACUGUAGGAGAGCUUUAGCCUUGUGCUCAGGCCCCGCUCGCAGAGCGACAGUGGCUUUGCCAUGACGAUAAAUCCUGGGUUUCCUGCUGCUUCCUGGCACAGAAGCUAAUUCAAAUGAGAGAGGAGCCUUUUCUUUGUAUUAGUAUUUCAGCCUCUUUCCUUUUCAGUCCCUUCCUCUUGUGUAUCAUUUUCCCUUUUGAUUCUACAAGUUUACUACAUGGAGAAAUGAACUCUCCUGGCAGCAUCCUUUCAGAAAAAGAUUAACACACAGUUUUGCUUUGCUGCAUUUUUUUUGCCUGUCUACCCUAUAGUUUAACACAUCCUUGGAUGUUCUCAAACACAUAUAUUAGGGGUGGUUGUGGUUAUCUUCUGACACUUCUUUUUUUGUCCUUGAGCAAGUACUGCCUAAAUUUACACAGUUGUUUUCUGUUGACUACAAGUGGUUGAAUAUUCCAUUUCUAUGAGAAUAUACCUUAAGUAUUCUGUUGAAUUAAUUCUGUUGAAUUUUUCUACUUAACCAUCUUGUAAUUUUGCUUGCCUUUUUUCCUUUAGUGUUGAAAAAUAUAACUUUUUCUUUCUAUGCCUGAACAGCCUGAACUUACAGUCUAACAAUUCAUUUUUUUCCACUCAUGGACCUCAGAUCUUUGGUGAGCUUUCUUUUUAAUAUAUACAUUAACCCUUGUUAAAAAAUGUCACUUCUCCAUAAAAAUCCUUUGUUAAAGGCUGUUAAACCUAACUUUUUCUUGAGGAUGUUCAAACUCCUUUUAUUUAUUAUUCACCAAGGGUCACUAAAGGUGGACAAAGAACAUCUCAUCAGUCCUAGAUUCAUUGUGUGCCUGGAAUGGAAAAAAAAAUUCUUUCGUUUUUUCUUUAACAGUAGUCAUUUGUACCAAAAAACCAAAAUUUUAAAAGGCAAAAAUCCUUUCAGGUACUCAAUUCUGUAGAAGUAUAUAGCUACAAAACUACUUCAGCCAAACAGUAGUUCAAAAUCUGAUAGGUUAUUCAGAGUUUUAUUCAGAUCCAUUAGAAUGAGUCAGGAUUGCAGCCAUUCUACUGAAAGAUAUGAAGGAAAAGAGAUGAAAAAUAUGGAGAAAAAUAACUUCCUCACUUGGCAAAUGAUUUACAGUAAUCUUUAGACUUCAAACUUGAGUGAGCAAACUUCGGAACCUGGUACUGUACACUGAGUUUAGUACAAUCCUUGCUAAAAUAUUUGUUUAACAACCAACAUGUUUGGAUGUAAUACCAUUGUAUGACACUGAUGCCAGAGCCCAGAAACCACUGGCAGCACUGUAACAUUUUCCAGGUUCUUAGCUCCAUGGGAAAUCCAGUGCCAGAGAGAAACCGUAAGAGGGACAUGUCCCAGUUCUGGGCACUGGUAGUGAGACCUUGGUAGAGCUGUGAGAGGUGAAUACAGGUGAGAGCAGUUGCAUUUGGCUCUGGUACCACUUGCCCUGACUUAAAACCACACUACACAAAACCAGAAUUUGUCCAGUUCAUGCUGACAGAGCUGAGAAUGAGGCUCAUAUUCCCCAGAGCCACGUCAGGGCAGGGACUCCACAGCCAGGACAAGGCACUUGUGGACUCCUGUGGCGAACACAGGCUUUGUGUUGCUGAAAGCAUGGAAAGAAAGAGAAUAAUUUGACCCUCAGAAGUUGACACUUAAAUGCUUGUGAACAUACAGGGUGUUCAUAUUUGAUAUAUUUAGAAAAUGAGUUGGGCUUGAACGCCUGCCACUCUGCACAGAAAUGCUCUUGGAUGUGCAAAUUUCUAAUGAAAUAAGUAAUGGCAAGUGGUAUAUAGGGCAGUCUGAACUGGUUUCAGUUGAUUUGUAGAACAGCACAGAAUUUUUAUAUCAGCUCUAGAAGUUACAAAUGCUUUGACUUUGAUACUAGAUUUAUAGUUACAGAAACUGGCAGUCACCAAAGAGGAGGUGAGUUCAGCUCUUCAUCUGUUAGUAUAGGAUGCCUAGUCAGAGAACCUGUUGCUACUACACAAUAACAGCACAACAACAAAGAAUGUCUUCUUCUACAGAGAAGACCUAGACACAUUUGGCAACCAAAAACCACACAAGAAGAAAUACAGCUGCCGUUAGGCAAACCAGCUUUGGGAACAUGGGAGAAUAUAACAUUGUAGCUUUUACCCUGAAUAUGAAAUACUGCAUUUGAACAUGUCAAUAAAUACAGCCUUGUAUCUGUUCUUACGAAAUUACACAUUGUCUGCAGGACAGCUUCAACAACACAUUUAUGUGUUACUACAGGUAGACUGAAGAAGUGCCCAUGCGUGAUUGCCCAAUUCCGUGGCACAAACAAAGCUCUUUAUUUUCAAUUUGCAAAUGCCUGUAUGCUUAAAAGCUGCACCUGCAGCACUUACCAUUUUAAGCCUCUCCUUCUACUUUAAAUACUGCACUUAUUUUUAAUGAGGUGGUAGUGAAUCAUCUCUAAACAUUCUCACAGGCCACCAAAUCACUGCCUGCACACCUGCUGCAGUCCAGGACACUGCAGCAAUCACAAGUUGCUCAUCAAGCCCUGAGUUGUGCCUUGAAAGCACUGAGGACAAGGUGCCUCUGUGUAUCAUUUGAGUACAGGGAGCAGUGGGAUUCUGUGUUCAGUACAUUGCCACCUCUUCUGCCACACUGCAUCUUCCCUUCAAUGACAAGAUUUAUUCUGCCUGGAGAUUUAGCCCACUGAUGGAUUUAAAAGUCCUGAAGUCUUUCUUUCAUCCCAUUUUCUUGCCCUGUCUUCCUUCUUCCAUCAUACAUUAGAUUUUUACCUAAAGACCAACAUUUCAAAAGACAUUUAUUUCCUCCUUGUGCCUCCCCCAUAGAAUAAAGUUAUGGCUACUUAAGAUUUAGACUAAUCCUUCCUACACAGCAGCUUCAUUCUAGAGUAAGCACACUUAAAAGUAAAUAAGCUUACUUAAAACUAGCUUACUUUGUAAGCCAGGUUUACUUUAGUUUAGUUUUAGACUAGCUUAAAUAAAUACAGGAUUGGUCAGAGAGUUUUCAGAGGAUCCCUAUUCUGAGUUGUCAGCGUGUUUUAAAGAGCACAGCUCACCUGAAGUCCUCUCUGUGAGCAGAAUGCAAGGAUGCUGCCACAUGAGUGAGAAACAUCCUUUACAUGUGUUCAGCAUUCCAAAAGGACAGUCAAACCCCACCCUGUGCCUUUUUAUAAGCCUGCCCAACAGAUUCAAAUUUCUCAGAUCAGUCUUACCUAUAAACAACCCAGUUUUAAUAUUGCAGAUAGCAGGUUAGGAACUUCAGGAGCAAAAGUAGUGCUGUGGUUCUUAUACAGGGUCUGCUGACAAGUGUUUGACAGCAAAACCCACCUGCUCUAUGACAGCUCCCGUGUCUGGACUCUAAAUACCUUUGAAUGCUCUUUAAAACUUAGCUGGAGUAAAAUCUUCAACAACUGGACCCAGUGGCAAAUUUCUCAGUCACCUGAGGGGCCUGGAUGAUUUUUUAAUGAUGGGAAUGAGCAACACACACAGUUCCUUAUAUCUGUCAUGAGUUCAAGGAGUUGCAUUUUUUCAUAGUUGAAAACCACUGAUUGACAGGAAUGGGAGUAACUGGAGGAGUUCUUAUAGAAUCUCAGUACUUUGGGACUUUAAUGAAAUAGUUUUCUAGAAUGAGAGACUGUUGUAAGCACUUGGGAAAAGGAAUACUUUUGUCUUCCAUAAGAAUUUAUGGAAGAAGGGAAAUUUCUGUAAGGUACUAUGAACUUACUCCUCAGCGAGAGACUUGGAUUCAGAGACAAGUCUCGUGUUUUCUCUCUCAUCUGAAUAGAAGCAGACUGGGAAAGAAACAAUGUCAACUGUUAUCUAAGGAUCUGAAUAUAUACAAUUCCAGUUUGUUAUUUCAUUUAUUUAUUCUUGCAUCAUAAAGCUUUUAAUCUAUAAAAUUAAUAUGUAAUAUACAAGAGUAAAAUGUACAGAAGUACCUUUAGAUGUAAUAAUUUAAACCAUCUGUAUUCAGAGAGUGGAGAUAACAAGUUUAAAGAUAUACAAACAAUUGCAAUUCAAUUUUCUCAAUAUCUAGAAAAAAAGUGGCUUUGAUUAAUUAAACUUUAUUUUAAUUAUUGUGAAAAUAUCUUUUUUAGAGUUUGUUUUUGUUACUUUUUUAAUUAAAAUUAUUUUGUAAAUAUUGUUUUCUAUGUUUUAUAACUUAGAAAGGCCAUUAAUUUGCAUUGAGAGCAGCAGGGACUCAACAUGUUGAUUAUAAAGAUACUUUAGGAGACUGGGGUGGAUGUGAGCAGUUACCAGAUUUAUCAUUCCAAUAAAUACAGAUCCUGUUAUUUCUUCAGUCUCACUGGCAUCACAGGAAGCAUUUUGUAGGGCAAUUUAAUGUGCUAAUUUAAACAGAAUUUACUAUCAAGUGUCAUUCUCAAGUGCUUCCCAUUUUCAUAACAUACAAAGAAUAUGUAUUUUAAAGUUAGUGCUCGUACUUCUUCCAUUGUUAGGAUAAGAAACAACACAAAACUCAGACAUAAAAGGGAAUUUAAGAGAUUACACCCAUGGAUAGUGGAAAGAUAAGGAAAGCUGUGGGAUCUCUGUGCUCGUAGGGAGCAGUGGAAUUGAUAAAACCUCACAUUGGAUCAGAUUACAGAGCCUUUUUAGGCAAAACCACUGAGCCCAGUGGUACUUCCACCUGCAAAAAAGUUCAUGAUGAUCAUAUCCAGCACCAGUUUAAGCAGGAGUUUCUGGCAGGCUGGAUUUCAGGGGGAAGCACACGGAGUGUAAUACUGGUUUCUGCAUCAAUUUGCUCCACGUAACCACUGCGCAGGAGUGAGAUUUUAAACGGAACCGUUGUAGAUGCUGCUGGGACUUCUAAGCUUUAUUACCAAUGUAAAUUGUGUACAAACAGCUAUUUCCAUAUGAAGUGUACGAUAAUAGUUUAGAGCAAGGGUAGUGAAUAACUGUACAAAAUUUGAUACUUAGAAAAUAAAAUACAGUGCUAAGCUUUACCAAUAUUUUAACAAUUCUGUCAGAUUUAUAGUAGAAAAUGUUGUUGUAAAUGUACCUUAUAAGAAAAUACAUUUCCUUUUGCCUCUGUAUAUUAAUAGCUUUGAUUGCUAUGUCAAAGUUAAAAACGAAGCAUGUAAUAAAACUUUUGUUAAAAUCACUUUCAUAAUAAACAUAAAAUGGAACGGA